AUGCUUCCACUUCUCUUCGGAAUCAUUCGUUCAUAUCCAACAGAAGAGUGCGCCCAGGCUUCCGGAACUGACUGCACUAAUUGCAUGAGCGUUAGAGGAAAUUAUAAGUGCGGCUGGUGCUCCUCAACAAAACAAUGUGUUCCAGGUGACGAAAACGGUCCAUUCAUCGGCACAUGCCCAGAUUGGCAUAAUGAAUCAGAUGCAGUAUGCGUUAAGGAAUCAUCUAUCGCUCUUCCAAAUCCAGCUAGAAUUGGCGUUUUAGUCGGUAUAAUCAUUGUCAAUAUCAUUACAUUCGUAUUCUGGUACUUUAUUUUCCCGAAGUUAUAUACAGAUCCAGCAGCAUCUUCUGAAAAGAAUGGAAAUGGUCUUUAA